CUGUCGAUAAAUGGCUGGAUGGGAGCGCUGCUGAUGCGGGUGGAAGUUUCUAAACGUUCCCCCGCAUCCACUGCCUGUGCGCACUCCCUGGGAGUGCGCAGCACCGCGAUUGCUGAUCACUGUGCAGGACCUCUGUGUGAGGUCCCGAUUCAUGUGAUCACUGAUUGGCCAAUCAGGGAUCACAUGCAACGUAGUAAGCAAGAUGUCACUUGUGACAUCAUUGCUUACUACGUGUGAAAUCUGUGAAUGAUCACAGAGGUCACAUGGUACAAGGC